UGGCCCGCUUGUGCGCAAAAGAAUGGCGGCAAUAUGGCACUGAGGGUACUUGAGUCUAUAAAGCCAGGUGUUCAUUGGGUGGUCUAACAAUCGAAUGCGCCGCUUGCUUGCAUUGGGUGAUUGCUGCUUUUAGAGACGGCUGUGCUGGUUUGUGGUGAGUGCGCGAGCCCAAGUGCUUCACAAGACUCUUUCUUGCACACAAAAGCGCAGUUCGUGUCAAUUUAGGGGAACCAACGGCCAGGAGAGCGGCAAUUCAAGUGCGACCAUGGCUCCCCUCGGCUCGAAUUCAAUCAUGCCGACGUACUACAAAACCGAGGAGCACGGUGCCAUUUCUGGUUGUCAACCGCCUGUCCCCAUACCCCUGCUGUGGAGUUCUGCAGACGCCGAUCAUCAGGAAACCCGGCUCAUGGAGAGCCACGUCGAUAUGGAUGCAACCUUUGACAGAAAAGCCCGUCGGGACUAUUCGGCCCCUGUCACGUUUGAUCUGAGCACAGAGCGGCCAGAUAAGACAGUGGAUAUUGGCAAGGAUGGAACCUGGGUCUCGGCAGACCCCUUUGGAAGGAUAUUGCAGCUGAGCGCCUUCCACCCCAAACAUGGCGUCGUCGUCGCGGUGCCGUACGAGCAGUUCGACGGGACGCGGUUCCGCGACCCGCUGUACGUGCGGGAGUACAGGACGCACAUGCUGGAGUCGGUCGCCAAGGGCAGGCCGGGCUACGGGAUUGUGGUCAAGGGCAAGCCCAAGGAGGUCUCCAUCAUCAUCCCGCGGCCGAACGUGGCCAACAUACGGUUCCGGCUCGACGAUUCCAUCGAGGUCCACGCGACGCUCGUGGUGCACGACGGCGAAGCGGUGCAGAGCGUGACGAUCCGCAAUUCGGGCGCUACCGCCGGCCGGACGGUCGAGGGCGAGCUCUCGCUCUGCACGAGCGUCAACCGCGCCUCGUACGGCCAGCUGACCGAGGGCGGCCCGCUGCCCAUCCCGCGAUCCGAGAACGCGCUCGACCUGGCCGAGGACGGCGGCCGAUUCGCAGUGUCGAACCGCCACCUCGAGGCACGCCUCGAGGGCUGCUUCUACAUUGGCGACAAGGUCGCCAGCCUCUGCGGCCUGCUCGACGACGCGAGGGAGCGCCACCACCACGGCGGCGAUAAGAUCGCCAACGGGGGCUGGGGCGGGCCCGGGCGCCGCGCCGUGACGGUGCUCGGGGCCCCCGUCUCCGCGUCGACUCCCUGGAAGGUCGGGGUGCCCGCGGGCUCGAGCGUCGAGCUGACGGCGCGGUUCCGGCUGAGGCCCACCGCCGCCGACGGCGCCCCCGCCGGCGCCCCCGUCAUCCCCCUGUUUGCUCACCAUCAGCGCAUUAGACAGACGGUCGUGGGCGCCGCCGCCAAGCUGCUGUCGGUGACGGCAGACUGGAAGGACCCGCAGAGCGUCGAGACGUACAUGGUGCGGAGAACGCUCGACUACAUAAUAGGCAACUGCCUCGUGCCCCUCGGCGAGGACUGCUGCGCCAUCGUUACGGACCACGUUGCGCUGCCGCUGGGGUGGAAUCGGGAUAACUACUGGCAAGUCCGUUUCCUCUCGACCGUCCUCCGCUCGCUCGACAACCUCGUCCACCCGGGCCCCGUCGCGUCCUUCUACGCCACCACGAUCCGGCGCGUGCUCCGCGGCCACCUUAACUGGGUCUUCCGGCGCGCCGAGCGACCCGCCGGCUACUGGCACCGCUCGUACCUGGUGACGGGCAAGCCCAAGGACGGCCGCGUGUUCCAGCUGGACCAGCAGCUGUACCCGCUCGUCGAGCUGUGCGACUUCGCCGCCGCCGCGCCGCAGCACGCGGACGAUGCCGGCGAGCUGGUCCGCGGCGUGCUCCUGCGCGAGCCCGUCGUCUGCGAGGUCCUGCGCGUCCUGCUAGCAAAGGCCGACCCGAUUACGGGCCUGGUGCCGACCGAGGAGUCGCCCGGCGACGACGAAAUCGACUACCCGUACCACUUCUCGACCCACGUCAUGCUGUGGUACGCGCUUUCCCGCCUCGUACGCCUGCUCGAAAGCCUCGGUGUCGUCGGCGGCGGCACGGGCGACUUUGAGGCGGCGGCGGCGGCAAAAUCGUCCGAUUACGGGCGACAGGCGCACGCGCUGGCGACGGCGCUGCUGGUGCGCACGGCGUCGCGGGUCCGGCACUUUUUGGUGCGCGACGAGCAGGGGCGGCCCAUGUUUGCGUACGUGACCAACGGCAAGGGCAAGUACACGCUCUACCACGACGGCAACGACAUGCCCACGCUUUUUGUCUCGCGGUCGCAGCUCAACCUGGCCGGCAUUUUGAACGGUAUCAGCGCCCAACUCGGGACGGCAGAUCGAGUGGAUGAGGACGAGAUCGAGGAAGCCUGGCGCAACACGAUGCGCUUCGCCUUUUCCACGCGCAACGCUUCGGGCUUCUGCAGCGGGAGCGAAACAAACGACAAAACCCAGCCGCAGCAGCAGCAGCAACGCCAGACGCAGGAGCAGCGGCAGCAGCUGUACCCCUUUGGCGGGCUCGGCAGCGUGCACAGCAGCGGGGCGUGGACGCUCGGCUACUUCCAGGAGCUCAUGUUUGCGCGGAUCGAGGGGGACGCGGCCGCGGAGCGGGACGCGUGGCGGCGCGUCGUGGGCGCCAUGCAGUGGGACGGCUCCUUCGCCGAGGCCGUCGACGCGCGCUCGGGCCGCUGCGCGUCAAAGGCCUGGUUCAGCUGGCCCGCGUCCAUGAUCGGCGCCGCGCUCGUCGACGCGCGCGAGGCGGCGCGGCCGAGGGAGGGCGGCGCCGGCGAGCUGGGGGUGGAGUGAUGCGGCGCGCGUGUUUGUUUAGUGCUUCCUGCUAGCUGUGCGUUGCCUCUGUAGCCUAAUGGUGAAACCUGAUUCUCGUCACCUUGAUUCCGCUCCUCUUGAUUUGCUAGUGGACAUCCAUGGCAUCAAAGAACUCGUCCUCACCUUCUGAAUCCGAGGCGCCCUCCACGCGCUCAUCGCCCCCCGCCUGCCCUUCUCCAAACAGGGAGCGAAAAACAGUUCCCUCGCUCGCUGCGGCUUCAUACCAGAGCACCCGACGAUCAAGAGGAUAAUCUUGAUAGUAAUACCAGGAUUUUGGAUAGGCCAAUUUGUCCCACGUCUGAUCCGCAAAACCCGGCUGGUAUUGCAUGCGCAGAUACUCCCUCCCGAUCCACAUCUUGAGCUCCCUGUGCGAUCCGUCUCGGGGUAACUGAUCCCUGGUCUCCAAGAAUCUGCCGUUGGCCCAGUUCCUUUCCCUCAACUCCACCACGAGGGCACUGAGAAGCCAAAUGCCGCGGUGGCUUAAUGGCCUUUGUGCAAAUGUAUUGUCGAGGUAUGCCGCACGAGAGAUUCUGUCAUGGAUGAUGUCCAGCAGGGACAUCCCUGCCAUGCCCCUGGCGUCAGGAUCCAGCUGCAGGUCAAUGCAGUCCCUCAGAAACUGGAUCUGACUCGGACUGGAGGCGUACUUUGCGGUCAUGGCCAGGAUGGUGUGUCCGUAAUCAUUUAUGGCGUCGAUCCGCGCUCCGCAUUUCGCCAAGGCUUUCACAACGCCUAGCUUUCCCCUCAAGGCCGCGUACAACAAAGGCGUAUUGCCCAAACUGGCUCUGGAUUCCAGGUUGGCGCCUGCGUCUACCAGAGAGCUCAACACCGUCGAAAGUGCCUUUGUUGCCAGCAGUCUUGGAUAGUCUGACAAAUGAUGGACAGGGGACCAUAUCGUUGCACGUCGCCCUUUAGCAGGGCCUGGAUCUGCGCCAUGUCGUAGCAACAAACGAACCAUGUCGGGGCAAUGGAGGCUUGCGCUCAGCGGAGACCGGCCCUCUUUAUCUUUAGCGUUGAUGUUGGCUCCGUGUUGUAGUAGCAGGCUUGCUCCAGCGAGGAACCCCUUGUGGCAAGCAAUGUGCAGCGUCGUCUUUCCUUCGCUCCUUUCUGUCAAGUUUGGAUCUGCCCCAUUCUGUAGAAGAAGAAGAGUGGCGGCUGUAUCAAAGCGAUGCACUGCCCAAUGCAGUGGUGAGCAUCCAUGGUUAUCCAGAGAGUUGAGACUGCCCGGAUUCAUCACCAAAGCCUGCUUCACUGAGAUACCUGAGUUGCCAAGAAUGGAGUCGCGUAUCGGCGAGGGCGAGUACGUGAGGUGAUCUGCUCCGAGCUUCAGCAAACUCUUCAAGAUAUUUGCGGUGCUCGGCAAACGAUAUUUGGAUGCCCAAAGACAUUCCUGGGCAAGAUCCGCGACAGAACUGCAUCUCGGGCAACGGCCUGGUUAGUUGUCGUAUUUUCAGGCGUGAAGUGCGGUGAAGCACACACAUCCUUUUAUAGAUUCUGGAGGCCGGGCGAUGACUAACCGUCCAUCUGCAUCGCACACAGCAAGAGCUCUCUCUGUAAUGAGAGGACUGAGCACCUCGAAUACGAGCACGCAUCUCCUCAACAUUAACUAGGCCAGUUCAUGUGCAUUUAUUAGUGACGGUUGAUUAUAGCCCCGUGUAUGGAAGUGUAAUAUGAGCAGAAUAGGAGCUCAAAGCGGAAGCUCCUAGUUGAUUUUCACGCAACAUAGUAUCAACUCACCGAGAGCAAUGGCUCGCCAUCGAACUCGUCCACGUCGGUCGGGAGAUAUCUUUUCUCCUGAAAAGCCAAACGGAGCCAUUCGAUAUUUUCAUAGUUAAUGGCCAAAACGGCACUUGACGUGGAAACCACUCUCGGGAUGCUCAGUGAAGUUCUCGCCCCUGUGUCAAUAGGAUCCCAGGAAGCUGUGUACUGGAUGGCGCGGCGAAGAAGCCAUCUCGGGAAAUUUACGGUGAUGCGCAUUGACCUCUCUGGGCCUGCAAGGCAUUGUGCCGCGUUGCAGGGACGUCGGUCAAAGAUGGGUAUGGCGUUGUAC